CUGGUGACUCUAAAUUGACCGUAGGUGUGAAUGUGAGUGUGAAUGGUUGUCUAUGUGUCAGCCCUGUGAUGACCUGGCGACUUGUCCAGGGUGUACCCCGCCUUUCGCCCGUAGUCAGCUGGGAUAGGCUCCAGCUUGCCUGCGACCCUGUAGGACAGGAUAAAGCGGCUACAGAUAAUGAGAUGAGAUGAGAUUUUUAAUUCCAAACAACAACCUCAACAAAAGAUUAAAAAAUAAAUAAAUAAAGCAGGAAAUGCUAAAAGUGUAGGAGUUUGCACUUUUAAACUACAAAUGAGUGCAAGGAUGUGAUCAUUAUUGAGAAACUUUAUCAUUAUUAUUACAAUAUUGUGAAAUGUUUGCAUCAGAAAUUUAUCAUGAAUUCAGUUCAGUUAUGUGGACUUGAAGGAUGCAGAGUUACCACUCCAGAGUUGAUUAUUUUUCGAUAACAGCACAUCCCAAAGGGUAUUAUUCCUCUCAUAUUACAGCAGUGUUUAUUUAUUGAUUAAAAAAUGGUGUGAUUUUUUUUGCAUUUAUAGUUGUGUUGAAUUGGAACAUUGGUGAAACAAGUCAGUUCCUGUUCUUUUAUACUAGAUGUCAGCUAUAAGUAGUCUCUCACCAGCCUCUCUUUUCUCUCUCUUGAAGUUAAUAAGAUAUAAAACAAAAUGCAGUUUGUCUUGUUACUGUGAAGUGCAAAGUCCAGAAGACUUUCCUAUGGUGGAAAACCUCAAGUUACAGCUUUACUUCUGACUUUUACAAAGUGCUGAUGGAUACUCCUUCUAUAAAUAAUAGCUUUAUUAUUUGCCCCCCCCCCGUCUCUCCUUCAGCAUCUCCCUCUCCUCCAUCCCUCGUUCUACUGGCUCCCUCUCAGUCUCUCUCCUCAGGUGAUGAAAUCAGGGUGGUGUGUCUGGUGUAGGGGUUCCGUCCUGACAGUGCCACUUUGACCUGGUCUGAUAACAGCAGCACUGUAUCAGGAACUGAGGUGCAGACGAGUCCGUCUCAGCGUCAAUCUGAUGGCACCUUCAUCCAAAGCAGCAUGCUGAAACUCAGCCCAGAGUGCUGGAGCUCCAGACGAACCUCGAUGUGCCACCUGAACCACCCAGCUCUGUCAGCACCACUGAGUCAGAGCGCCAGUGCUUAAAAAUGCAGCUAGACAGCUGGAGAAAUGGAUGUGCUGCCUGUAGUCAUCAGCAUGGAGAGAGGGUAAAGCGAUUAAAUCAUAUGCUUUACGGACAGCUGCUUUACUUCAUGUCACAGUGUUUUCUAUUCUGAGGUUUGCUGUGUUUUUAGAGGCGAUGAAGAACGUUUCAUGUUCCUGUAGGUGCUUUGCUCAUCCCAACAGACUUCCACAGUAAAAUGAUGAGACAAAAUGGUGUGUGGAACUUUACAACACAUCUUUGAAACACACAAUUCUGGUGUUUUUUUCUUUCUUUGUUUGUUCGCUGUUCUCAACAUUAAAAAGUAUUGAAUGGAUUUUGAUGAAAUUUUGAGGAAAGGUGGGCCAUGGGCCAAUGAACAGUUGAUGAGAUUAUUUUGAUACAAAUCCAGAUAUGUAUGUGGACCCAGGAUUUUCUUGUCUGUUCCCAAUGUAACUUAAAAAGUAGUGAACGGAUUUUGAUGAAAUUUGGUGUACAGCUUUAGGUGGUGUACACUUGAUCCAAGGUUCAAGUGAUUUGAUUUUGACGUUGAUCCGGAUCAGCAUCAACAUCCCAGAUUAGUAAACAUCUGGAUAUUCUAAUCUGUGGCUUGGUGGAGGUAUACACACUAUCGAAUGCCCAUCUCAUUGAACAUGGAUUCAUUGAAUCAGUUAAAGUAAGCUCAGACAUGAAAAGACAAAAUUAAACUUAUUGAAACAUUUUAGUAUUUUAACUUCAUUUCAACUUUGAAAUGCCAUACUGAAGUACUUUCACAGAUUAGAAAAAGAAAAUGUCCAAUCAGGGAUGGUUUAACACAAAAACACCACCACACACGUUGUUCACCUUUUUCACUACAGGUGUCUAUAUUCAAUAUGAAAUUCAUGAGUGGUGUUUUCUUUACUUCAGAUGAAUCUUUAUUUUAUGUGAUGUUAAUUUUUAUGUUCCAAUAGAGUUUUAUUCUCAAAGUCUCCUUUUGGAAUCCCAAGAGAUCUCAUUUAUAUACACAGUAAACUCGCCGGUGUUAAAGGUCUCCUUGCAUCGUUUUUUCAUUAAUUGUGCGGUGGUCUCUAGUAUGAAUGAAUGCCCUGUGAGACGGUUUUGGUGAAAAAAAAAAUGCUGUGGUUCUCCUGUUUCAGGCUGUUCUAGUUUGCUGGAGGAGUGGGUGGCGGGAGAAUGACAGGGUUUCAGCUCUUACUCAUUAAUAUUCAUGAUGUAAACAUAUUACCUCUGAUUGGCUAACAGCACUGUGACGCUACCUCCAGUGAGUCAGAACAAGAGGAUGUGGCGAGAGAGAAGGAACAAACCGUGAAGGGAAAAAUACCGCGCACUGACGACGCGAGGAAAUAAGAAAAAUUCAACAAAUGUUUGGGUUUUUACUGAACAAAAACGAAUAAAAUGAACGAGUGACUUAAAAAAAAGAAUGUGGGUGUCUUUGUAAAAACUGUUUUGAUUGGCUAUUAUGGUCUCGACGUCGAUGUUUUGACCAAUAACAGUGUAGAUAACACUAAUUUUACAUCACAUUCAACUAGAUUUAUGGUGCCUUCACGUCCUCUGGUAAUUAUAGUAAAUACUGUGAGGGAAAUGUAAUGGAUGAACAUUAUUAUUCUCUGUGUUUCUGUAUGUUGAGCUAAAGUGACUUAGUUACUGAGAAGAGAUGUUUUUCCACAUGCUGUAAUCGCUUUUCUGUGGCCUUGGUGAUAAGCAGGUGCCUGAGUUCUCCAUAACUACGCAUCCGCCUGCACAUACCAGAGCAUGCCAGGUGCAUGCUUUAACAAAGCUUCAUAGAAAAUCUUGAGCCAAUCACAUGAAGAUGCAAGCAGUAAGCGAAUGCCUUUAGAGUAUAAUAGAUAACAGCCACUAAAACACAACUCAGAGUGCGCAUACUCUCGGCAUCAUCAGAAGUGGUGUCUUCUUCUAUUCUUCUCUUUCCUUUCCUAUAUCUUUUAUAUGAUCUACUAUAAUAAAUGACUGAAAAGACAACUGCUAAGCGUUCUGAAGUGUUUAUUAGAAAUCUCCAUUACAAUUUGGUGUCCCCUGGGUGGGCCCUACGCGUCUGAUCCUCAGACGACGGGACACUCCCAAGGCUACGGUGUGGAGCUGAGAACUCAGACGAGAGACCAGACCGUCAGGGCUCACCGAACCAGUAAGUGAUAACUUUGCAUUCUUGUGUAAAGAAAUCAGUGGAAACAGUAUUUAAAGAAUGAUACAAGAAAUGGACAGAGAUUUGUCCUAGUAUUUAAAGAAUGAUAUAAGAGAUGGACAGAGAUUGUCCCAGUCAAGGAAGACUGAUAUGAGACGGACAGAAGUUUGUCCGAGCCCAGGAGGACUGCUAAGCUGUGAUGCCAUCAAUAUGUUUGCAGAAAACGGAUAAAACACAAUUUUGAGACAAUAAGACUAUGUUCAGACUGCACCCUGAAACGACCCAUAUCCGAUUUUUUUGCCCAUAUGCGACCUGUAUCCGAUUUGUUAUUGACAAUCUGAACGACAGAUCCGAUUUUUUCACAUGCGACCCAGGCCGCUUGGAUAUGUGGUCCUAAUUCCGAUGCAUAUCCGAUAUUUUCACAUGCGACUGCAGUCUGACCGGACAGGUCGCAUUCAUGCGACCUACACGUCAUCAACAAGAGACAAACGUCACUAUUCUGCAUUGGCUAAUCCCGCCUCAAAACAACAACAAUGGCGGACGAGAACUCGGCAGGCGGCCAUGGAGAUGCUGCAGAAACCUCCGAGGGCACCCAGUGGAGGGACUGUGAGGUGCUUGAAUUACUUAACAUUUGGGGGGAUAAAGCUAUGCAGGCGAAAUUGGAGGGGUCAUACCGAAAUCGCGCUGUUUUUGAAACGAUAGCGAAAGCACUGGCCGACCGCGGGUACACAAGGUCCUGGCUUCAGUGCCAGCGAAAGGUGAAGAGCCUUCAUGCUAAAUAUAAAGAAGCUAUGGAUGCCAACAAAAGAAGCGGCCGGCGUCGUGUGACAUGUCCACAUUACGACCUGCUCGACCGUAUUCUGGGUGACAAACCUCGCGUGGACCCUACAGAACUGCUGCUGGAUAGUGCGGAGGAAGCCUGCACCGAGGCGGGCACCGACGACAGCGCAGGUCAUGCUGCUAGGGCAGAUAGCCCUACCAACUCCCAUACAGGGGAUGGGCCAGCAUCACUGUCCCCAGGUUCCCCUGGUUCCAUCGCGGAAGAGACACAAAACAGUAGGGCUACUGAUGCACCACGCAACUCUUCUGCAUCUACAUCCAUUGGCUCUGCACCUGCAAAGACUUGUAAGAGGAAGUCAAAAAUGGAAAGUACUCUGGAGGUGUUUGCUGACAGAAUCAGUAAAGCCUUUAAGGCUGAAGAUGACCUGCUCCUGAAAUUGCAGGCGGCUCAACAUGAGCAUGACCGCAGGAUGUUCCAGAUGUUCGCCCAGUUUAUGGACCGACAGCCACCCCAGCCACAUUACCAGGCCCCAAUUUACAACCCAAACUAUCCACAUCAUUCCCGAGCCUAUCCAAUGUCCCUAUCCCCAUCUCCAACUCAGCCUUUCCUUCAGGAUCUCAACCAGCCACUGCCACAUGCUUUCCACCCCCAGGAUCACCCCCCCUCCUUUAGACCUGAGGAUGAAUAGUAAGGGCUAAUACCAUGUUCAGUUUUUCAAGUUGUUGUUUUUUUAUAACUAUGGUGUAAUAAAUACACAAGCAACAUACCAUGUUCAGUUUUCAACUUGAAG